GGGCCAGGGAAACCUCAGAGACCUCUGUGGCUUUGCUUCAGCAAGUCUCCUUCUCAAGGUCUCUCUUUGAGGACUGAGAGAGUAUUAGGGUUCAUGUACGUGAGCGCGAGGAGGAACCUCUUCUGAGUUUUCUCUUUCCCUUUUAGUGAUUUUACUAGAAAACAGCCGUCCCUGUUUGGAAGGAUGGCCAGGCUCCUGAGGAUGUUCAGGAAGAAGGCUCUGCAGGUGGCCCCAGAUCCUGAGGGAAGCAGCUGCCAUCUUCCCCAGGAGCAGAGCGGCCCCUCUGUCCCCGCUGGUGGGGAAGGAGCUCCCAGCCGGGCCAGGAGGUGGAGGUGCCCAGCCUUCUGGCAGAGGAAACCCGCUCCGAGAUGGCACCUCGGUGGGAGAGGCAGUGGCCAGGCCAAAAUGGAGCUGGGCCAGGAUGUGGCUGGGCAGGCAGGACCCAGCCCAGGAGCAGAACCGGGCAUGGUGGCUCUGGGGCUUGUUGUGUGGGCAGCAACGGCCCCAGGAUCCCUGACCUGAUUUCCAGCAGGAGGCAUCGCCCUGCCUGGUCAUUGAGGACCUUCCAGCCUUCCCAGGGCAGGAGGUGGAGAAUCCCUGUCCCAGCACCAGCAGCUCGGCCCGCGCCCCGUGGGACAACAGCAGUGCCUGGGACUCAGACAGCAGUGAGGCAGAUGGACACUUCUGGUUUGUUCCAGGGACCACCAGGGACGAGGAGGAGGAGGAGGAGGAGGAGGAAUGGGUGGAUGUUGUCACAGUCCUCAAAAACAUCCGAGAGCAGCUCCAGGGCCGAGAAAAGGAUGAGGCCCAGCAGCUCAUGUUCCUGCACGGCAUGCACCCUGCAUGUUUCGCUGCACAGCAGAGAGGGCAGGACACACUGGAGCCGCACUGCUGCAAGGCAGCUGUGGUGGAGAGGACUGUGCACCAUGACACCUGCCCUGGAGCCAGAGCUGGAGACCCACCUCCUUCGAGCUGCCCUGCAUGAAGUCUUCACCCUGGGCAUGGAGAAGGACACCACCCAAGUCCAGGAUCUGCAUAGGGUCUUGCCAGACCUCCUGGACGCCAUGCUGGGGAACCUGCUGGCAGACUCCCCAGAUACCAACAAGCUCCACUACAUCUUGGACGUGAGCCUGAUGAGAGGGCACAUUAACUACUGCAUCGUGUCCAGGGUGUCACGAGAGAGAGCCAGGAGCAGCACGGCCCUCCUCAGAUCCAUCAUCACCCUCCCUGAGUUUGACCAGGAGGACGUCAUGGCCAAUGUGAUGCACCAGCUCCGCAUAAUCUGGCACUUGUGCCAGGUGCCUGAAGCACUUUAGGGGCUCCGCCUCUGCCUCUGAGGCCACCAGCAACUCCCGCUCCCUGCUGCAGGCCCUGGGAUCUGGCACAGCCUCCUGGAUGGGCGCAUCCUGCAGCUGAGCCUUGUCAGGGAGCAGUGGGGCCAGGUCACCUCGUCCCAUCAAAGCAAGCAACACUUGCUCUCAAAGAGGCUUAGAUGGAAGACCUCACUCCCUCAUGGAGGUAAGAGCCAUUUACUCCUUAGGGUGUGUGGCUCUCUUGGAGGAGAAAUGGCAUCCCCGAUGCAUAGCCUGGCUGGGAGCUUUCCCCAUCCCUGGCUCCCAGCUCUGGGACAGAGACAUCUCCAUCAUCGUAUCACCCUGGUUUUGUUCCUAGGAAGGGGCUCCCCAGAGACGUCCUUGAACCUGGACUCCUGAGAGUGUUUCUGGCAGGAGGCUCCAGCCCCUCGGGCAUGAAGAGAGCAUCAGGUAGUCUCGAUCACAUGGCAUCUCCAGUCUCCAGCUCCACUUCCCGCAGCAGGGCAAAUGAACCCAUCAGCUCCCAGAAUCCCAACUCUUUGACUUCCUUCCACUCAGCAGUGAGGUUUCUCCAGCCCCCUCACCACACCUGUCAGAGUCACCAGAACGAGCAAACUCCAGUUCCGGGCAGUGGGGCCUGUGUAUACUCAGCCCCUCUGGAAACCAGGUCUGAAAGGGGGAGCAAGGACCCCAGGCCAAUAACAGUGGGAGUGGGCAGAGCAGGCCUGUAACAGGGUGCUUUCCCCUGGGCUGCACAGCCUGCGGCCUAGCCGAGCUGAUUAUAGAAUGAGCUCUAACUGAGGGGCACCAUGUCCCUAAAGAGCCAGACUUCAAUGGUGACACAGCCCAGCUGGGGUAUCAACAGGAAUGAGAACGAGGUAGUUCAGAGCAGCAAGGAAACUUGAGAAGAGAGGUAGGAAGUGCCCAGGGAAACCUGCAGCAAAGUGAAAGGAGCAGACUUAGCUGUUGGGUACAGGGCCCUGGGCUGUCAGGGUGGGACUGGGUUCCCCCACUGGCCCCAAAGAAGGGGGUGUGUACACACCUGGAGAGGGUUACCAAGCCCAGCAAGGGGGCUGCAGGCUAAGCAAGAGCCUCAGCAAUGGCAGAAGGACUUCUUUCUGUGGAAAGACCUCUUUGGACUUCUAGUGUGAGACAAGUUGGGCCCCAGAAGGGUGGACUAAAGGUGGAGACCUGGCCGUAGAGCUGAGUUACCAGGCAGAGAAAUUGCCAUGGUGCUGGAGUGACCAUGGAUGGGGGACGCUAGCCCAGCGAGAGGGCUGUGAUGCCAUGCCCGGCCACCAGGGCGGGCGUAACGAUGAGUAGAUUCAUUUAUGAUUGGCAUAGUCCGGAGGAUUGAAUUCUGCCUGUGAUCCAUGAGGACUGAUGGAAGUCUUGGUUGCUGACGGAAAGUCUGUCCUCCCAAGUGGGUGUAUCGAGGGACAGAGCCAGUCACUGGAUUUCCCAUUUCAGUUCCAGGGACCAGUUAAGCAGCCCAAGCAGGUCUAGGGGUUUCUCCAGCAGCUCCCAGAAAACCAACAGAAGCAGAAGGAAGUGCAGGCAGAGCUACAGACACAGCAGCAGCAAUACCCAUGAGAGAUCCUGCAAAGGGAAUGCCCAUGGACAAAAAGAGCAGACACAGAGAGCAUGCCUCGGCUGUGCUGAGAAGAUCAGAAGAGAAUUCAUCAGGGAGCUCACCAAACAAAACAAGAUGAAUGAGUAUGCUUAAGCAUUACAGUCAUGUAAACAGUGCUUAAUUGUGCCUGGACUUGCCAGGGCUUCUCCCCAGCACCUCUAGGCCUGGCUGUUCCUAGUCCUGGCACCUCUGGGCUUGCAGCGUCAGGUUUGAAAGCAGCAAAAUUGCUUAAGCCCUGGCUCUUAUUUCAUUACAAAUUAAACACUGCAUGUAAGUUGCACAUAGGGAAGCUAAAAACACUAAAUGUUUUUAACAAAA